AAAGUAAAAAACUUAUGGUGCCCUAACUGACGUCAUAUCCUCCUGCUGUUUUUGCCCGUAUUUCAUUUAGCUGAAGGAAGAGAGAGGAGCGCAGCAGACGGCUGGAAAAUGGGAAAAAUCUACCAGGUCGUGGUUCAUGGGGUGAGAGGGGAGAAGAUUUUGAUCGACCUCUGCAACACCGAGGAGCAGAUGAAGAAAAUGACGGUGCUGCAGCUGAAGGAAAAGAUCGCUGAGAGGCUCCCUCAGACCGCAGGAGAGGACAACCUGCGGCUGAUCUUUGCGGACAAACAGCUGGAAGGAGACAAUUCGCUGCUGUCUGAGUAUGGAAUCCAGCAGAUGUCCGUCAUCCACCUGGUGAUCAAGGUCCCUGGAGGACUGACAGCGUAACUGAGACCAUCGGGGCCUUCUUGUUUAACUGCCGUUGCUGCUGCCACCGACUGCAGGGGAUCCUGUUAACUCCUGACUCUUGUUUACAAAUAAGAAAGCUUCAAUGAUCCACAAAGAAUAUUGAUAAUGUUUUGUGUGUGUUAAAUGGUAAUACCCUCUCUUAUUCAUACGUUUUCAAUUAAAGUUUCGAUUGUUGCUUAAAAUAAAGCUAAACAUAAGCAUUG